AUGGCGGCCCAAACAGACGCUCGGUCCGGCUGCAGCGACGACACGUACGUGGUGUCUGAGAGCGCGUCGGUGGUGCAGAGCAGCGCGGCGGCGGAGGAGGAGGAGGACGGAGACGCUCCGGCCGUGUUUCUGUGCGGGCACUGCCGGCGGCCGGUGGGAGACUCUCUGUCCUGGGCGGGCAGCGACGAGGAGCUCAACCAGAUCAUGCUGAAGAGGGUCAAUGAAAAUAUCGUGAUCGGAAAAGAGCCUUACGUUUCUUGCACACAGAAUGAGCCGGGAUGCCUUGUUGUGAAUCUUACCUGUCAUGGUUGUGGCUCCACACUCGGACUCAUGUACACAUCAACCCCAAAAGAGUUAGAUUUUAAAAGGUCCCUUUUCUGCUUCAGUGUUGAAAAUAUCGAGAGUUAUGUGUUGGGUUCUGCUGACCAGCAGAUGGCAGCAGUGAACAGCGAAGAGAGGCCAGUGACGUUAGAGUUCCAAGACAUCAUUGAGCAGCAAAUGACAAAGAUCAAAUCUCUAGCAGUGACGAUAGGACAGCGGCUCUUGGAGAUCGAGGUUGACCUCCAGAGCAAGUCAGAAGCUAACAUGAGCUGCAGUUAGAUGGGAGCUGCUUGUGAGGUCUUGUCCUUUUCUUUCUUAGCUAAACAGAGUUCUUUCUAUUUCCUUAUACCUGCGACUGUUCGGCUUGUGCCUUUUUUGUAGACUAGGCAGUUAUCAAGCAUGUUUGACUGAAGGUUUUGAUUUAGGAGACCAGUGAGGCUACAGACGCACCUGCAGAGUGAUGUUCAGCCUAUCAGCUUUUCCAGUGGACUUCAUUAGAGCUUUUCACUGACCUUUUUUGUCCAGAAAAAUUCUAGAAAGUCAGGUGACGCCAGCCUCAGACCAGGAACUCUGGAUUUGUUGUUUAUUGUUGGUUAUUAUGGCUCUUUUUGUUCUUUCAUUUGCAUGACUGAGUUUAUAAUGUAUAAUCCUGUCUGUUAAGUAAAAAUAUCCUUGUUGCCAUGUUGUUUUUGUUUAUUUUCUUCCU